ACUAUGUACUUCCCAGCUCUUUCCUUAUUCAUAUCAUAUCCAAGGAAUGCUUCUAUUCAUUAUUCUCGACCUGCAAUGACUUCUCAUUUCUCCGAUCAAAGACAGGGUUUGAAUUUUUUAUUUUUUUAUUUUUAAUUUUUCCUGGAGCGAUCCUACUGAUACGCAAUCAAGGACCUUCUAUUCUAUCUAGGUAUUGCUAUUGCUUUUUAAGUAAACAUGCAACCUGGUGUUGAAGCAGAUUCUGUUUCUAUUACAAUUGGUAUUGAUGAAAAGCUCACUCAAAUCUCACCUUCACCAUCGGAGUGUUGUAUAUUUAGAGUACAUAAACAACUACGUGGGGUAAAUGAGAAGGCCUAUGAACCAGAGACUGUUGCAAUAGGUCCUUACCACCGUGGUAAACAUAGCCUACAGAUGAUGGAGGAGCAUAAGUUGCGCUAUUUGAAAUUACUUCUUAAAAGAAAAAAUGAGAGUAGUGCAGAUAAAUACGUCACUGCUAUUGCAUCGCUAGAACAAGAAGCACGUAGAUGUUAUGCUGAACCAAUAAGCCUUAGUCCUGAUGAAAUGAUUGAAAUGUUGAUAUUGGAUGGUUGCUUUAUCAUUGAAUUGGUGUGGAACUUUGAGAUUGCAUGCCUUAGAGAUAAAAAUGAUCCUAUUUUUAAAAUGGACCAGAUCGAUAAUAGCUUGCAACGCGAUUUAAUGUUAUUUGAAAACCAACUGCCCUUCUUUAUACUCUAUGAGUUAUUUGACUUGAUCGAGAUUCCAAACAACCAUAACAAGCUCAUUCGUCUUGCCUUGUGUUUUUUCAGUGAUCUUUUACCAGAUCGAGGUCAUUCAGACCUUGGCAAGAAUGAUUCUAUUUUUCAAAUGGAUUGGAUUGUUAGUAGCUUGCAGCGCGAUUUAAUGCUAUUUGAAAACCAGUUACCAUUUUUUAUACUCCGCAAGUUAUUUGACAUGAUCGAGGUUCCAAACCAACAUAACAGGCUCAUUUAUCUUGCCUUGUGUUUUUUUCGUGAUCUUUUACCUGGCCCCGGUUAUAGAGAACGUAUUGAUGGAAACUCACACUUCAAUAUCAGGCAUUUACUUGGGUUGAUUCACAAUAAUUGGCUUCCUUCAUUUGCAGGGAUUGUUCCCAACGGAGAUGGCUCAAAUAAAAAAGGAAAUUGGCGUUUCAUUCCUAAUACCAUAGAGCUUCAAGAAGCUGGAGUCAAACUAGUGAAGAUUGAAGGAGCUAGCUUAUUUGAUAUCAAAUUCGAAUAUGGGGUAAUGAAGAUUCCACCUUUAACCAUUGAAGACAGGACUGAGUCAUUCUUCAGAAACCUCACUGCGUACGAGCAAUAUUGUCCAGAUAAUCAACUCACUUAUAUUACUGAUUAUGUGGGAUUCAUGGAUUGCCUCAUCGACUCUCCAAAAGAUGUUGAAAUACUAUCUCGCCGUGGAAUCAUUGAUAAUUGGUUAGGCGACGAUGAAGUGGUUUCCACGAUAUUUAACAAGUUCAGUGACGCAGUAACAGGGCCUACCAGCCAUUUCCAGUAUGCUGAUAUUGUCAACCGGGUGAACAUACAUUGCGGCAAACGUAGGAAUCGGUGGAUGGCGAUGUUGAACCGGAACUAUUUAAAUAGCCCAUGGGCAUUUAUUUCGAUUCUGGCUGCUUUGGUACUACUACUACUCACUUCUACACAAACUGUGUUUACUGUUUUUCCUCGCAAAUAAUUAUUGUGUAUCUUUCUUUCUCAAAUCUGCUUUAGCUUUUUUGCUGUCUUCUGUCUUUAUUUUUUUUCCCUCUUGUAUUACUUUUCUCUGUAAAAACAUGUAAAAGGAAAAAAAUAAAAAUUAUGAAGGGUGAGGUGAAGAUGGAGAUGGUUACAAAUUCAUUUAUGCAUUUGCAUUGCA